AUGGCUUCCUCCCUACCAGUAUUUGAUGCUAGCUACUGGCAGUACAAGGAAGACACCAGCUACGUCCUCAAAUGGAUUGACCAGGCAGCCAGGAGCUAUGGCUGGAAGAGGAGGCAAACGAAGCAUGUGGGACCAAAGUUAUCGAACGCAAUGACCACCACGACCACAAGUGCCGCUAGCAAUAAAUUUCCUGGCAUGAAGACAUCCACGGCCACCGGACCAGGCCGUCUGAAGGGCAAGGAUCGCAGGGCUGCGAAGCAGCAGGUGGCGGCACAGAGGGAGGCAGCACUUGAGAAAGAAAAGAAAGAAGAGUACGAGCGGGGAAUCGUCUUGAGCACAGCGGAGAUUCUCGAGCAGGCAGAUUUGAUAUCCGCCCGUCUCCCAGUUUCCGACCGCGGCAUGUCUCAACCGCCGUCGAGUGUAAUUCACGCACUCAGUCGUGCGAUCAGGCUGCGACGAAGGUUCUCCAAUUGGUUUGAGGCUGCCCAACCAGAUGAUCGAAAGAGCAACUCUGCGCAUCGGUAUUUUGUAGAGGUCCUGGAGAGGCUUGCCCGUCUCUUUGUCCAAACCUCCAAGAACUCCACAAUCGGCUCGGACCAGACCAACAGCGAAGAGGUUGCAUCUGGUAAUGGCAGACGGAAACCCGAGAAUCACAAUCGUUACGAAGUUUUACUCGAGAAAAUGAUUCAAGACGAACCUGAACACGGUCCAGAAUCCUCUGCCAAAUCCUCGGGACCCUCUAUGGCCAAGGAGCCCGCUAAAUCUGCUCGGUACCAUAUGGAAGUCGAUGACUGCCAGGAAAAUGCUUUCAUGGUCUUCACCUUAUUCAUGGACCUGCAAGACCUCAAGGCAGAGAUAAGGCGUUUGUGGGAGCGGUCCUUCAAGGAUGGUGCCGACCUGUCCGUGGCGACUCUGAUGACUGCCCAAGCCCUGGCUUUCGUCAAGAGAUCCGAAGAGAAAAUAGUCUCGAUCCUUCCCUCUCCACGAUACGAAGGUGAUCUUGAGCGACGGACCUGGUCGCACCCAGGCACAUACUGCCGAUUGUUGAACACCCUCCACGACCCCACCGAUAUUAAAGCAGUCAUUGGAUUCGAAGAGUCAAACUACACGUCGGCGAAUGGAGGGGAACAAAUUAGUAUGAACGACUUGACGUUUGUCUUCUCCGUCCGAAGGCUUGUUUGCACGUCUGUCUCCGAGGACUUCCCGCCCUUUAACCCUCUUAUUCAGGAAUUCGUGCACAAUCCACGAGUAUUGCUGAGGGACGACAUUGACAUGGUCCUCGAACGGGACAGGACUCUAUGUUUCCUUUUGUACAACUUGAAGCAGCUUCAUCGCUUUUUCACACCCCCGCUUGGCUCUUCAGAAAGGGCACGCCAAUUGGAGCUGUACAGCAGAGAUCCAAUCAUGGACUCCCUGCAGUCUAUCUGGGUACAAAAAGAAGUCAACCUCACAAGUGUUUUUGCCGCCGAGAUCAUGUUGGACAUCAAGGAGACCUGUGAUGCUUUUCCUGCAUCUAUACCAAACUACUUUAAGAUUUACGAUCGAUACAUGAAGUUGCUUGGUAUUGAAAGAGACAAAGAAAGCUUUUCCUUUACGCCAGGAACUCCGCUCUGCAGCUUCAUGGACUCCGGCUUUUUACGCGAUCAGAUCGGUGAUGUCUUGACAAAGUCCAGCUACUUGUUAUUAAAUAUCACCCGUUGUCGUUUUGAUACGUCGCAAGUACAUCCCCGACGGGAAGGAGUCGGUGAGAUUUGCAAGCAUCUCCUCGAUCUUUACACAGGGCUGGAACAACAGCUUCCCGAAUGCGAUGUUAAAUUCUACCGGGGACGCGGUGUUUUCGAGCCCAUAUGCUUUCCGAAAGAUGAAGAUCUAUGUCUUGGUGACUACCCCUUACUAAGUACCAUGCGAGAGACCUUCCUGGCAACCCUGAGCGAAUCAAUUGGAAUCGAGAUGCUCAAUGACGACAGGCACGCGACAAGUGCCAUGGCUCACGUCUACAAUGCGUCUCGGCAAUUGGGAAUUGGCAACCUACAUUGGCCAGCAAUGGACCGCCUCAUAGAGCUGCAUAAGAUCGCCUUAUUCGCUGGCGAUAUCCCUAACACCCCUGCGGCGAUGCUUCAGAGUUUUCGGCAUCGCAAUUGGGGCCCCGAAGGCAAGAUGUCACGUAAGGAAAGGAAGAGGCGCAUGAACAGGACCGCGACAUUAAUGAGACCUUCUGCAACGACACUGGCUUUCAAUGAGCAUUUGGACACUGCGGGGCGCAUCCCCUUUACGUACACCUUGGAGUCUAAUGCCAUCGCUUCUAUGGUAGAGAAGAAGCUCGUUCGGAACAAUUCAUCUUCGGUGGCCCCAAGCUUUAUCGAAAGCAUGGCCACGAUGGAGAAUUACUUGACAAAACAGUUCCGAGACGUGCGCGUGGACUACAUGGAAGUUAUCAAGGUCAGCCUCGACUUCAACGAUGACCUACUGGAACACGCUCGGAAGACCUUUGCAAAGCAAGCGAACUGGAUCAUUGGAGACGAGAAAGGAGAUGGCUGGAGUGGCAUUGACUUCGUGUCUGAGGCAUUUGAGCAGGAAGCGGCACUCGCUGAAGCCAUGACCAAGUGUGAUGGUGACAGCUCUAAAUUUCCUGCGCAAGACUGCGACUAUUUACAAGACAGCGUGAACUGCCUUGCCAAUUCUCUCAGGGCCAAAGGCAUUGGAGGUCCCUCGGCUCCCGAUGAGGAGGCUGCUUGCGUGAACAUGCCCAGUUCUCAGAAGCGCUUCAGAUUACGGGAUUCUCAGGAUGGGCCGGACCUGAGUCCACUAGUCCUUGUGUCUUACUGCAGAUGUUGCCAUCGCAAGCAUCACUACUGA